AUGCCUGGUGAUGAUAGCAACGGCCAAAUGGCAGAUCGUCCGAUAUCAGACCUCGUUAACCCUUCGCCUCACCGUCGACACUCUCACAUGCAGCCGACACAUCCUCGGCACCAUCCCUCCCAGUCAUCGGGUCAUGGCCGCUUCCUUUCUUCCCCGAUUUCUUCCUCUCAAAAUGUUCACCAACAUCCUCCCGCCGGACUUCAAGGACCAUCACUCAGCUACGCCUCUGUGCCGGUGCCAUAUGCUCAAAGGCCCAGCUACGGGGGACAGUACGCGACAUUCCACCACCCUGCUCCAAAGACAACGGCACCGUACGCGUUUCCCCACACCUAUCACUUUCCGGCGGUGCCAGAGAGCAGCGCGGAAUUGCAGAGCGCACACACCAACUAUCAGUUACAACACCACGCACCGAUUUAUUCGUACCAAUCCCCGUCGCCGGAAGGAGGCUCGUCAUCGCAUCCUACGUUCUCCUUGUAUCCCCUUUAUCAAUCCAGCUCGUCCACGGCCCCGACAUCACCCCACAUGGCCUCAACCUCGAGCCAGAGCAGCCCUGUCUCGACGUCGUUCGUUGGACCAGGCCUCCCAUCCAUACACUACCCCUCGCUCAUGUCGCCGACACCAUACCUAUACCCCACCCAGUCGUAUCAAGCUUCACCUAUGUACCAAUCCCAAUAUCAUCCUCCCUACGGUCAACACAGCCCGGCAGCUGUUGGGGCCGAGCCUCAAGGAACAUGGCACUACAUACCCCAUUCCAACCCUACGUCCUCGCCGGAUGGUGUACAACCAUACUACUCUCCAGUCGAUGGCUCCUAUUUUCCGGGUCCCUCUCUGUCGACUGCCAGCCCGUCCGCUCAUGCAGACUUCGCCUCGCCCAGUAGCCAGCGCCUUUCCCAGCACGCAAUGGAAUGA